AUGGACUCACAGGAGGUAACCGUGGUGUUCAGGCCACUCAACAACUGUCUUGUCAACCUGCCGGCGCCCCUGAUUAACCCAUUUCUCGCCAACAACAUACUCAUUCAGAACAUUGCGGUGGAGCUCAACUUCCGUCCCAGUGGAGCGAAGAAGGACACAAAAUGGCUCGUUGGUUGGAACGGCUAUUUUUCAAGCGAUCCGAAAACCAUGGAGAUCGACUCUGUCUACGCAAGCUCCAUUGGACUUCGGGAGUCGAGGAGAAUCGUCAUUCGUUUAUCUCUCUCGCUCCCCAAGAUCCAGUCCGUCGAACUAGAGCCUGAAACAAGCUCGGACUGGGAGCUGACCGAAAUGUACGCCCAGACGGUCGAGGAUCGAUUUUUGAACCAGGUGAGAUGCGCCGUUUUGGGCCAGAAACUCGCCGUUUACCCCAGCUCCAGCCCUAACAACGUGAUCAAGUUUGUGGUGAAAAAAAUCAAAUCGGAAACCGAGGAGAUCGAGCGCGGAAUCCUGGUCAACGACUCCGAGCUGCACAUCAUACCGAAGGUGCAUAGACGCGAGAAACAGCAGAGCGACGGGUCCUCACGACGCAGACGGUCUGUGUCUGGUCGCCGCUCCUCGCAAUUUGACCCUGUGCCCUCUUGUCUUCUGCGCUCGAUUUCUCUGCCGCACUAUACUUUUCAGCAUGUUAACCAUUCAUCCGCAAAUUACGAAAUAUACGUCAAUCUGGACCAGAACUUUAUCAACCACCAGUUCAAAUCCAUAAAAUACGUGCAGGUUUCUGUGGUCACGGGACCGGGAACGCCUGCAAAAGCAAGCUCUGUGGCCGAGCAGACGAAGAACCACGAAACUGGAUCUUCAGGUAGCUCAAGGAACAACUCCGCUUCUGUGGUUGACCAUAAAAGCGUCAACGGCUCGGUUGCACAGACCGACACAGAGCAGCGGAAAGUGGUAGCCAUACUAGUGCACGACCCGCUUGCUCCGCGACGCAGCGCUGGCGUCUCACCUCUGCUAGCGAUUGCGCUCGGUAUUGAGUACCGUUGCGGAGACAUGGUUUGUAUUGAGGCUGCUCCGCAAAAAUAUGGUACCGACAUCCACACAGUUGUUUUGCACAAAAUUAUCACACAAACAUCAACCGUGAAUGAGCUGGCUUUUAAGCAGGACCAGGACCGGCAACUGAAGCAGGCAGAGGCAAAAAAGGAACUGAGUGCAAAAUUCCAGGAACACUUCAAACGGUUAAAUUUCACAAAAUGUCCGAUCACUAACGGCAUGAAGGUGCCGGUGAUUCCUGACCUGCUGCCCCAGGGAGGGUUUUUGGAGCUGAGAGACGGCUACCAGUGGGCCUUGCUAGGCGACAAAUUGCCAAAUUUCGAGCUAGGGGACGAACGGCUGAAACCUGAGUCGUUUGUGGAGAGACGAUACGAGCCAAAAGAGCUGUCGAUCGUAGGACACAAGGAUCUUAUUGCCCGAUUAGUCAGGUCCGUCAGACAUGGCCAUAACUGUGUUCUUUCUGGCGCCUCGGGUUCGGGCAAAACAACCUUGAUCAACGAGGUUGUACAUCGCCUAGUGACGCUGCACGGAUACUAUUCGAAGAAUAUCAACUGCGAGACAAUCUCAAACGACAAUUUCCACGCAAUUAAAACCCUACUGGAGGACGCAGUCAAGGAAGCCAACUGGCACUCGCCGUCUCUGCUCGUGCUGGAAAACUUAGACUCUCUUAUUCCUCAGGAAAUGGAGCACGGAGACUCCGGGCUCAGCAGGCAGGUGAGCGAAUUUUUGGUCAACUCAUUAAAAGUCCUUACACGAGAACGGGAAAUCUCGCUUCUGUGCUCGUCAAAGUCGAAGGAAGCGCUGAAUGCAACGGUUUUCCAGACCCAUCUCAUCCAGCAGGAGUUUAGUCUGAAAGCUCCAGAUAAAGAGCUGCGAAAAGAAUUGCUACGGAGCUUUAUUGACGAAUACAACAUGGAUCUCGAAAAAGAGGAGAUUUUAAACGACAUCACCGUUGAAACAGAGGGAUACCUUCCGUCAGAUCUCAAGGUGCUUGCUGACAGGACGUUCCACGACUACAUAUCGUCGACAAUCGACAACGACGACUUCCAUCUGCGAGCCUCAAAUUUUGAGCGCGCAUUGCAGGGGUUUGUUCCGUCGUCUUUGCGUGGAGUGAAGUUGCAGAAGUCAGGUGUGGCCUGGUCAGACAUCGGUGGUCUUAAAGACGCGAAGCGGGUGCUUCUGGAGACUUUAGAAUGGCCAACCAAAUAUGCCCCCAUUUUCGCAAACUGUCCCCUGCGUCUGCGUUCUGGAAUCCUGCUGUACGGAUACCCCGGAUGUGGAAAAACGCUUCUGGCUUCAGCCGUGGUGUCGCAAUGCGGUUUAAAUUUCAUCUCCAUCAAGGGCCCGGAAAUUUUAAACAAAUAUAUUGGAGCUUCCGAACAGAGCAUCAGAGAGCUAUUUGAUAGAGCACAAAGCGCAAAGCCGUGUGUCUUGUUUUUCGACGAGUUCGAUUCGAUUGCCCCGAAGAGAGGCCACGACUCGACCGGAGUCACCGACAGAGUGGUCAACCAGCUGCUGACGCAGAUGGACGGUGCCGAAGGACUCGACGGCGUGUACGUGCUGGCUGCCACUUCGCGUCCGGAUCUAAUUGAUUCUGCUCUGUUGAGACCAGGUCGACUGGACAAGGCAAUUCUGUGCGACCUGCCCGACUACCAGAACCGACUGGACAUAUUGCAGACGGUUGCUUCCAAAUUCCAGGUGUCUGACGAAUGCCAGCUCGAACACUUUGCCCGAAAACUUGAAGGCUACUCCGGUGCAGAUUUACAAGCUUUUGUCUACAAUGCGUAUCUGAAAGCUGUGCACGAUAAUCUUGACCAGCUUACAGACGCGAAUGAGGGCACUACGGAACGCAAAAUUGAAUUUUUUAGCAUGCUCAAAAACUUGCAACCUUCGGGCAAUAUUGCCAGCAAAAUCGACACAAUUUGUAAGAACCUGCAUGUUACGGAUUUGAGCUCAUGGAACGAUGCGGAGCAAGAUUCUGGCGGAAAGCCAAACCAGAUCGUUAUCUACAACAGUCACUUCGAGAUCGCUCUAGAAGAAACCAAAAAGAGUAUCUCCAACAAGGAGCUGCGCAACUUUGCCCGCAUCUACUCGCAGUUUGUCGACGGCAAACGAGAGGGCCACUUGCCGGACGGUCAGGCAAGCACAGAUAUUGGCGGCCGGACCACGCUUAUGUAA